AUGACAACUGACCCCAUGCAUGCCGGAUGGGGCCUUUCACGUAAAUUACAGGUCAAGUUCAGGACGUCUACUCCGUACAACAGGAUGAGAGAUGGUUGGGAAGCGACCAUCGGUGAGGACGAUCCCCAUCCCGCGGAUUCACAUAAUGCCCGAGGUCCUCCAUCAGCUCACGAGUACCUAGCUUCAGUUGCUGGUUCCAUGCGGCCGACUACUCAUAAUCCGUACACAACGCACUCAAGAGCCAUUAUCCGCGGGCUGUUCCACCUACUACUAUGUGGAAGCCCCGAGUUGGCUGUAACAGUGGCCUUCCUCCCUGAGGUAACUUUCUUUCCACAUGGGAUGCUCAUCGAGAUCUCGGCGCGGCACACAACUUUCAAGCAUGAACAUCAUGAGGCUCUUCAAGGAGCGUACAAAUACGCGUUGGUUACCGGUAGGCACGGCUUCAACAAGGGCAUGCUCAAAUAG